GAAUACUCUAAAAAAGAUACGACAAGGCGUGUGCAUACCUUCUCAUUGCACCGGAAGAGAACUGGAAGCGCUCGUCGCGAAAGUGCUCAACGGGUCGAAUACGUCGGCUGCAGUGUCAGCGUGCCGCUCAAGGAACGACUUCAGCAUCACCCACGUGCAGCUGGCCGUCAUUUGCAUCUUCAUCGUCUGGAUCACAUUAAUCGCCAUUUCUACUCUGCUGCACUUUCACUGGGACAGGAGAGAGUCGUCGGCCAAAGAAAUUGCAGAUUCGUGCCACCGGAAGUUAACGGUGGCCAUCUCAGCCGUGACGAGCAUCAAGCGCCUGCUGCUGGUCAGACAGGAGAAGCACAUGGCUGCCGUGCAGCCGCUCAAGACGGCCAGCUUGCUCUGGAUCGUCCUCGGAAUGACGUACCGAGCCCGGCUACUCGAACACGGCGAACACGAGGUGGACAGGCAAUGGCGGCACGGCACCCUGUACACGCUGGCCGCCAGCUCGGACCUGGCGUACACCACAGUGCUCCUGCUAAGUGGAUACGCGGCUGCCAACACUGUCCUGGAGCUGCACAGGCUUAAGGUUGGCUUCUUCAGGAGACUGUUGGCCAUCCAUUGUUUAAAGAACAGGCUGACGGCAUCUACUCUGUUCACCCUGGGCGCCUUCGUGCUUUACCCGCUAUUCGUGGACGGUCCAGCCGCCGACAGGGUUCUGCCGCGUCUCGGUGACGUCUGCCGCAGGCGAUGGGGCUUCGUGGUCGUGCACCUCAACAACUUGCACGGACACGACGAUGUGUGCUACCGUCCACUGUGGUACAUAUCUUGCGAAAUGCAGAUAUUCGUCGCCCUUUCCGGCAUCGUCGUGCUCAUAAGAAGGUUCAAGAGGACGACGUGUGUCUUUCUGACUUUCAUCAGCAUCGUCGCACUUGCAGCAGUGUCUGCCACAGUCGGCGUCAGAGGCUACGAGCCACCCGUGGCCAUCAACAGCAUGGAAUCCGCGAGGACGCUUGGUGAAGUGGUGUACCUGCCGUUUCUGCACGCCCCUGCCUUCAUCAUCGGCGUUCUGUUCAACAACUGGAUAACCAGAGUUCGCAACGUAAGCAUCUCUAAGUGUGUCCGUGGUGUCUUCUGGCUUCUGUCAGCCGCUGCGCUGAUCUGGGGCGCCCUGUACCCGUGCCUCUGGAAGUCGUGGGUCCCCGCCCCAACGGCGGCCGCCUCGGUCCUGUUCAUCGUGGGCAUUCGACUCGCUUGGUGCGCGGCCAUCGCCUACGUGCUCUGGGCCGCCACAACAUGGAAAUCUGGACUAGUCCACGACGUUCUUGGCUGCCGUACUGUUGCCGCAUUGGGAAGGCUUUCCCUUGGUGCCUAUCUCUGCUCCUGGAUGAUCGUCAUGCACGGCGUCCUCUCAGCACGCAACAAUCUCGAGUCUGCUCAAGCAUUUGUCAUUCGGGACUUCGUGGCCAACGUGGCUCUAAGCUACGCAGGUGCCCUACUUUUCUAUGUGGCGUGCGACGGACCGGCACAAUCCCUGUGCUCGCUUCUGCGCAGCGCAGUGAUCGGCCGCGAGGCAGCGCGCCGGAGGCAGUCGUUCGACGAGUGCGACCGCAAAGUACGCUUCCUCUCGGAGCUGUUGGGCAUGGAGUCACCGAGGUGUGCCAAAGAACUGCAACACCAGCAGCACGUGUCGCGAACGCUGCAGAGGUUCUCGUCACUGAAGGACAUGGUGCUGCAUCUGUAAAGUAGCGACCGAACGUUUGGUGCCAACUGGCCCCGACACUGUGAGCCGUGUGCCGCGUGCGCCUCGUGCCACAGCGUCCAUUUCGUCACUCGCGGACAUAGCGUUACAUCUGUAAAAUAGCGACCAAACAAUUGAUGCCAAUUGGUCGCGAGAGUGAGUCGAGUACCGCGUGUGCCUAGAGCCACAGCGCCCAUCUCGUCACUCGCGGACGUAGUGUUGCGUGUGUAAAGCAGCCACCGAACGUUUGGUGCCAACGGGUUUUGAGACCGUGAAUAGAGUACCGUGUGUGCCUAGAACCACAGCGCCCAUCUCGUCACUCGCAGAUAUGGUGCUGCAUCCGUAAAGCAGCUAGAUAGAUCGAUAUGUGGGGUUUAACAUCCCAAAACCACCAUAUGAUUAUGAGAGACGCCGUAGUGGAGAGCUCCGGAAAUUUCGACCACCUGGGUUUCUUUAACGUGCACCCAAAUCUGAGCACACGGGCCUACAACAUUUCCGCCUCCAUCGGAAAUGCAGCCGCCGCAGCCGGGAUUCGAACCCGCGACCUGCGGGUCAGCAGCCGAGUACCUUAGCCACUAGACCACCGCGGCGGGGCAUCUGUAAAGCAGCGACCGAACUUUUGGUGCAACGGGUCUCGAGACUGUUAAGUGUUAAGACUGUUGUGUGCCACGUGUGCCUCGAGCCAUAAGCGUGCGCACAUAUGGGGGGGGGGGGGGGGGAGGCGAGUGUUUGUCGCAGCGCCCCCUCCCCGUUCUUCAUUGUGUCAAUGUAUGGGGCUGGCUUUGCACCUCCCCUUUCCUAUGUUGAAAAAGUGCACCGUUUUCUGACCACGUUGAAAAAGUGUUGCAGGGCCUUUUGAAGAUCAAAACAGGAUGACAUUGCUGAAAAAUUGUUACCAACACCGGAUCAAGUUUCCUUGGCGUGUUUGAUGGUCCCGGUGUCGAAAGCCUGUCCGCAUACAGCCUCGCUGCUGCCGACGGAAGCGCGAGUGGCGGCAAACCACGGCUUUACCGACACUCACCACCGGCGUGUUGCGAUAUACGACGUCACCUUCUGCGCGGACUUCUUGAUGAAACACGAUGCAAUCGAGCAACGCGAAUGUGUGUGAAGAAACCGCUACCACGCAUCGCACAUCUUCACACUUGUGCCGUCACGACUCUUGAGCGGCACUAACGCCAUGUCGACCUAAACUAGGCACGCACUCUUGAUUUUGCCGUUUGUUGUAAACCGAGAAAGUUGACACCAUGUAUUCCCACUCAGCUGUAUAUAAAAAGGAAAUGCAACCGUCAACAUAACUUUCUAGCAUGCGGAAUAAAACAGUUCAACGCACAAGAA